AUGUCGAAUGAUCCGCAUGACAAUUACUCCGAAGAUGAUCUCUUUGACGAUCUAGACCCGGUGCAGCUGCCUUCAAAGUAUCUGCUGCAACAACGCCAUUCUCAAGCUGGAGCUACACCGACACCGCCACCACAGCCACCGCAAUAUGCCCAGAACCCAUUUUCGUAUUCGACAGUGCCCAGCUAUUCAAUCGACCUGAAUCCGUUUUUAGCUUCGUAUCCGGGCAGUGGAGCAGUUUACCCACAGCAGAAUCAGCUCUCGACGACGAGGCUAGGUACGUUCCGCAGUACGACUUCGGCAGGCACCCAGGUUGAAGACGACGAUUUUGUCGAUGACAUGUUUGGAGACGACGAAACAGCAGGCCCCGCUUCGUCAGGGUCGUGCCCCAAGAGAUCCAAGACCGUGGCAUUCAAGGAAAAUGAAGCGUUGAAAUUUCCUCCUGAUGCUUAUAACCCUGGUACAACUUCACGCACAUAUGAAUAUGACUAUGACUAUGAUUACGAAGACGGUGUCGGUGUCGGUAGCGGCGGUGUGGCUGCUCCAUAUCCUCGGUCACCUCGAGUUGGAGGCGGAGAUUACUUGAUUAACCCACUUGUUGAUGCAGAUUACGACGACGAGGACGAUGACGACGAGGAUAACUUUGGUGACGACGACAGCUUGUUCUCCUCGGAUGAUGCCGAGUUGGUGAGAAGAGCCACCACCUUAAAAAGACGAGGCGGAUUGCUUGGUGGCACGAUUAAAAAGACAAAGAGCCGCGGCUCCACCAUCACUUUUGACGACGAAGAGUUUAAAAAACUCACUUAUACCAAGACCAUCAAAAAGGCCAAAUUGGUCAAUGGCAACUAUGUCAUUGAUGCACCUGCACCGGUGGCGUUGCUUGAAAAGAAUUGCGAUGCCGCCAAGAGUGCCGCGAGCGAGUUCAAAUUUAUGCGGUAUACUGCUGCCACCUGUGGCCCUUCCAAUUUCAUAAAGUUCAACUAUAAUCUCCGUCAAGCACUUUACGAACCACGCAGGGAAACCGAGAUUAUGAUUUGCAUCACCAUGUACAAUGAAGAUGAGAAUUUGCUUGCACGCACCCUCAAGGGUGUCUUUGAAAACGUUGCUGACUUGACCAAGAGGUCGGACCCCAUGUGGGGAGACGAAAGUUGGAAAAAAAUUGUUGUUUGCAUUGUUGGCGAUGGAAGAUUGCACUUGAACAAGAGAACUCAAACGUUAUUGACUGCAUUGGGGUUGUAUCAAGACGGGUACGCCAAGUCCAAGAUCAACGAUAAAACCGUCAAGUCGCACAUUUAUGAGUACACGUCCACGGUGGGGAUCGACACCAUCACCGAUCAACAGGUGAAUUUGUCUCCCAACAAGUCACCUAUACAAUUCAUUUUUUGUCUCAAGGAACAAAACGCGAGAAAGAUCAACUCGCAUCGAUGGUGCUUCCAGGCAUUUGCACCGGUGUUGAACCCCAAGAUCAUCAUGUUGUUGGACUGCGGAACGCGGCCUUCGAAAGAUGCCUUUUUCUACCUUUGGAGGAGUUUUAAAGAUGAAAAUGUCGCUGGUGCAUGUGGAGAAAUGAGGACCUCGUUGGGUCCCAGCAAGAAACUCUUGGCUAACCCCUUAGUGGCGGCGCAGAAUUUCGAAUACAAGAUUUCCAACAUCUUGGAUAAGCCCAUGGAGAGUGUAUUUGGGUUCAUUUCGGUGUUGCCCGGUGCGUUCAGUGCUUACCGUUACGAGGCACUUCUCAAUGUCAAUGGCCAAGGUCCAUUGGAGAAGUAUUUUAAAGGCGAGUAUCUCCAUCAAAGCACCAUGAUUAACGAUGACGAAGACGAUGAAAAAGAGAUUAAGGAGCGCAAUUUUGAGGAAGCGGGGAUCUUCACUUCCAACAUGUACUUGGCCGAGGACAGAAUCCUUUGCUUUGAGCUCGUGGCUAAGCGAGGCCACAAGUAUAGGUUGCGAUACGUGAAGGAGGCCAAGGCUGAAACGGAUGUACCCGAGCACAUUGACGAGUUUGUGCUUCAAAGAAGACGGUGGUUGAAUGGCUCGCUUUUCGCUGCCGCCUACGCCGUUUUCCAUUGGACAAAGAUAUGGCGUUCGGACCACUCCUUGUUGCGCAAGCUUUUCUUACAAUUGGAGUUUUAUUAUCAAUUGGUGACGAUUCUCGUGUCGUGGUUCUCAUUAGCUUCGUUUUUUUUGGUGUUUAGGAUCCUUACGGCAAACUUGGGCGCCACCGAUAUGCACUUUGACGUUGGGCGGUACCUCGCCGUCAUCUUUGAAUGGUUUUAUGUUGGCUGUGUCGUGGUGACGUUUGUAUUGGCUUUUGGCAACUCGCCGCGCGGAACACGCAAGUUUUACCUCGUUGUCGCGUACAUCUUUGCCAUCUUGAUGGCGUACAUGAUGUUCUCGGCGAUAUUCCUCGCGGUGCACACGGCGCAGAUGAUUGUCAAUGACCACCAGCACGACUUUUCCAUCACCAUGGUGUUUACCAACCAAAAAUUCCGCGACUUGGUGGUGUCGAUGGCCUCGACUUAUAUUCUUUACUUUGUCGGGGCGUUUCUUUACGGGCAACCUAGUUUUAUGUUUACUUCGUUUGUGCAGUACGUGUUGCUUUCGCCGACGUAUAUCAACGUGCUCAACAUUUACUCCUUUUGCAACAUCCAUGAUGUCUCGUGGGGCACCAAGGGCGUCGAGCAAGCCAAGGACUUGGGCGCGGCGAAAUUCAUGGGCCACGACGAUGAAAACAUCAUUAUUGUUGCGCCGGAGGUGAAUCUGGAGUUUAACGAUGUCUACUUGACCAAUUUGGAGAAGCUCAAGAACAUGGAGAAGGAAACAGAGAGCGACAAGGCCAACGCCAGGAAAUUCAAAGGUGAUAACUAUUAUGCGUUUAUCCGCACGGUGACGGUGUUGGUGUGGAUGUUGACCAAUGCCAUCUUGAUUGCAGUUGUGUUGCGUACCGCGGGGGUGGACAUUAUGACCAAGUUGCCCAGCACCAACCCCGAUGGAUCGAUCGCGGGCAACUCGGAGAUUUUCUUGUCGAUCAUCUUGUGGAUUGUGGCGGGGUUGGCUAUUUUCCGGUUCAUUGGGUGUGUUAUUUAUCUUGUGGGGCUGAUUUUCCGGCCUCUCAAGUGGAAGAUGCGGGCCUCGAAGCAGAGGAGAAAAGUAAAGAAACUUUCCAAGGAGACCGUUUAG